GAGAGGAGGGAGCCCAGGGCCCGCGGACACGACCAUGGCCAAGGAGUGGGGCUACGCCAGCCACAACGGUCCUGACCACUGGCAUGAACUUUACCCCAUUGCCAAGGGAGACAACCAGUCGCCCAUCGAACUGCAUACUAAAGACAUCAGGCAUGACCCUUCUCUGCUGCCGUGGUCAGCCUCUUAUGAUCCUGGCUCUUGCAAGACCAUCUUGAACAAUGGGAAGACCUGCAGGGUUGUGUUUGAUGAUACUUAUGAUCGGUCAAUGCUGAGGGGUGGUCCUCUCACUGGACCCUACCGGCUUCGCCAGUUUCAUCUUCACUGGGGCGCCUCCGAUGAUCACGGCUCUGAGCACACCGUGGAUGGAGUCAAGUAUGCAGCAGAGCUUCAUUUGGUUCACUGGAAUCCAAAGUAUAACACUUAUGGAGAAGCUCUCAAGCAACCUGACGGGAUAGCUGUGGUUGGUAUUUUUCUGAAGAUAGGACGUGAGAAGGGCGAGUUCCAGCUGUUCCUUGAUGCAUUGGACAAAGUUAAGACAAAGGGCAAGGAGGCGCCCUUCACAAAAUUUGACCCAUCCUGCCUGUUCCCUGCCUGCCGGGACUACUGGACCUACCACGGCUCCUUCACCACACCGCCCUGCGAGGAGUGCAUCGUGUGGAUCCUGCUGAAGGAGCCCAUGACCGUGAGCUCCGACCAGAUGGCAAAGCUGCGGAGCCUCUUCUCCAGUGCUGAGAAUGAACCCCCAGUGCCCCUGGUGGGGAACUGGCGCCCUCCCCAGCCUAUCAAGGGCAGGGUGGUGAAAGCCUCCUUCAAAUGAGGCUGCAGGAGCUUGCCCUCUUCAGGAAAGGAAACUUGCCAUUGGAGAGCUUGGUUCCUUGUCUCCUUUUGGUGCUCCUUACUCCAAGUAUGCUUCAGUUUUCCACACUGAACAAUGUAUGCAAGAGUGCAAUCAUUGAGAAACCAAAGUUACGUUUGACAAGAUAAUACGAAAGCAUUUGGCCUUUGUAAUAAUCGUCUUUCCUAUAAAAGUAGCAUUGUUAGUAAGGUUUCAAAGAAGAAACAGGUGAAAGAGGAAAGUUUUAGAAAAAUGGGUAUUGGGCACCAUUUUUUUCUGUCAUCUUAAAUUUCACAGAACUUCAGUUUUAUUCUUUCUAUAUUUUGAGUUGUCCAUCUUAAAGAUAUAAUGAGUAAUUCUAUAUAUAGAAGCAGAUGUGUAUAAAGAUUGCAGAGCGAAGGAAGGAAUCUGAAUUAAAUAUAAGGCACUUAAAUGUCUAUAUACACGGAGCAAUGAAAAGAUGCAUUUUAAUCCUUAAAUAAAACCAAGGGAUCCAUUACUUAUUACAAUUUUAGCUACUGUAAAGAUUACCUGGUUUUGUUUGUCAACAAAAGGAAAACACAUUCAUCCAAUUGUUUAAAAAAUUUGAUCCAAUAUUUGAAUUUCUUCUUCAUAAAGAUGGUUGACUUUAUCGUAACAUUUUUCUUUACCUGAAGGAGGGCCAUUUAUUUUUAAUUUUACUACUUUUCUCUUUUGCAUGCGUAUUAAGAUAAAAAUUGCCUCUGAUAUCUUUCUAAUUUGAGGGUGGAAUAAUAAUUCCUAGAACACGAAGGCGUGAAUGGCUGCACUUGAAGUAAAAGCAGUUGUACUGAUCAUCAAAACUAAUAAAGACAUGAAUGA